AUAAUGGCUUAGUAGGCUAAGAGAACAGCUUCAUUCAAGCUUCUGGUACAUUGAAGAGGUGACUGGGGAUACACAUUUAAAGUGUUUGGGGAGGCUGUGGAAGCCUUAGGAUGUCCUCCAACAGGAGAAAUGUCUUUGUUUCCAAUGUUCUGAAACGACUGUACCCUGAGGAAGACAUUUCAGGGUGCACUCCCAGGGUGCAUGGUGCAAAGCCUCCCCCAGAGAGCAAGGCCAAGGCUGCUUCCAGCCAGGAAGACACUGUACAAGUUCAGGUUGUGUUCCCACCAGAGGAAUUGUUAAAAGCCCCCAAGGUUUACACGGUGCUUCCACCUCCAGAAGGCUAUGUAGCAAGUUCUCAGCAUGAGAGCAAAUGUUCAUCACCAUCAUCCUCAAAUGAUGAAGAUACCAGAGACGAAGACUUGAAUACAACACGUAAAAGGCGCAGAAGGAAGAAAAACAAGAAAUCUAGCAAUUUGUUAAACCCUGAAAUGGAGAGGAAUUCCACUCAGGCCGAGACACCUUGGCUUGCAUCUGAUCGGAGCGCCAUUAGCAAAAGCAAGAAAAGAAAGCUGCAGAGAAAGCGCCAGAAGGAACGCACCAAGGCCACUAGAACGGAUGGUACAGAUCCACCAAGUAAAGGUGAUUCCGAAGGAGUUGAUAAAGUGAAAGACACCGGUGGGGCAGCUUCAGAAGAAGAUCAAAGAGACAAGGCCAAGGAUCUAAUGGAAUUCCUUCAGGAAACACAAGAAAUUUAUCUCAUGGAUAGAUGUGCAGAUUCGGCCGUGUCCAUUCAUGGUAUCCUGGACAUUUUAGGCCGGAUGGAGGCCGGUGACUUUCCAUCAUCAGAUGUGACUCUCUUACAUCAAGUCAAGACUCUCUUGCUUCUGCAGGACACCGACAGGUCAGAAGAGGCUUUGGACAACUUCAAAGCAAGUUCCUCUCUGCCCGCUGAUCAGAGAUUAGCCAUCUAUUCUCUGUUCCGUUACUGGAUUAUCCAUAUUUUGCCCUUGAGAAGAAAAGAAUAGACUUUUUAAAAAAGACUUUUUAGAAUAAAAAUAUCUGUGUUCGUUAAUGAAGAAAAUGCCAAUAAAAGAACAUUCAUUCAUAA